GACUCGCCGACGCGCGCGCGCCGAUCGCCGCAUGGAGCCGGCGACGCUGACGGUCCUCGCGAUCUGCGCGCUCGCGGGCGCGAAACUGUCCGUCGGGGGGUACCUCGCGUGGACGCAUCGCGGCGCGUGUCGACGCGAGCGCGGCGGACGCGCGGGCGCGGACGCGCGCGAGGAGGACGCGCGCGAGGACGCGAAGGCGGCGUGA